AUGUAUGAUCAGUGGCUCCGAUGGUGCUGGUGGUUGCUUCUAGUCUUUGUUCUGCUGUGGACUCUUAUCUGUUUCGUACUGUUGGCUCUUCAAGAAAGCGGAAUAACGUCUAUUGGAGCAUUUGAACGAUUGGCAGUAUCCACAACAGGCAUUUACAGUGAACAAAAGCACUGCCUUCACUACACUGCCUCUGAGAUCCUUUUGGGCAUGACGCCUGCUAACUAUGGGUUCUUCUUGACCAGAUGGGACAUCGGAUCUGCUACUUGUAGCGCUGCCGGCAGCGAGAAUUACAAGCAUGAAGUUGCAGAAGAAGCAAAAGAUCGCUCUUCUCUCGAUCUUUUCGCCGCCAGUGUAUCUCUCGCACGAGGGUCAAUAUUCCUCGCUAAUGACAACCACUCCUUCAAGCUUGUGUAUACAAACUUUCUCGAUAUAGUCCUUACUUCCAUCGAAUCCUCUGCGGGUUUGAUGUGCGCCUGUCUGCCCCUCACCAAGCCUGUCAUCCUCCGUUUCGCACGCUGGCUGCAGGGAUUGCACGCCCUCGAAACGAAAGACCGGGAUUUAGACACGCUUUCUCAGUCAUCAAGGAGCUCUAUCUGGGGGAAAGGGUGGUUCAGUGACGAAUCUGGAGAAGCCCUGGCAGAGUUUUCACCCGUGUGA